CUCGACGCCGCCCAGGACAGUGGACGCUGUCGAGCUCGAUGACGAUGGCCCCUCCGAGCGGGUCGGCAGUGUACAAGAAGAAAGAUGGCACCCUGACCAUGUCGCCGGACCAGCAGUCGGUCUCCUGGAUUCCAGCGGCGGGUGGUGCAACGGGGACGAUUACGAUCUCCGUGGCUCAGAUAACGAAUUUACAACAGACCCCCGCGACUAGUCCAAAAGUAAUGCUGAAGAUCCACGUCCUUCCUCCCAGCGCACCGGACAACACUCCCGAACAAUACGUCUUCAAUUUCACGGCGGGAGCGAAUGCACGAGCCGAGGCGGACGCCAUCAAAGAUGCGCUCAGCGCGGCCAUUCAGGCUGCCAAGACCGCCCAGGCCGCACCCACCCCUCCGGUCGCUGCUGUUGCGGCGGCCAGCGGUGGCGGGUCGACCGAAGGCGUGUCCGCGGCGAUGGCGAUGGCGAAUGCGAUAACGGCCGGAGGAAGAAAUGUGAAGCCAUGGGAUGACGACAAGCGCCUCCAGAGCGACAUGGAGCUGCAGCAGUCGCUACUCAAAUCGAACCCGCAGCUCCAGCGCAUGUUCAUGGAGUCGAUGGGCACGAAGCCCGAAACCCUCUCGGCUGGACAAUUCAUGAAGCAGUUCUGGUCCACGCGGCUGCAUCUUCUGCGAGCCCAUGCGAUCGAGCGCGCGCAGACGCGCGGGUCCUACAAUGUGCUGUCAACGCUGAAACCACGGGUGGAGGACAGCGUGACGAAGCUCAACAUCAGCAAGGAGCAGAUCCAGCUGAUCUUCAACCAGCACCCUCUGGUGAAGCAGGUGUAUGACGAGAACGUGCCCAAGUUGAGCGAGACGCAGUUCUGGUCGCGGUUUUUCCAGAGCCGGCUGUUCAAGAAACUGCGCGGAGAGCGGAUCUCCGAGACGGAUGCGACGGAUGCGAUCUUGGAUAAAUACUUGAAGGCAGACGAGCACGGGAACCUGCGAGAGGCGCAGGUCCCGCACUUUUUGGAUCUGGCGGGCAAUGAGCUUAAUCACAGCCAGCGGCGCGGGAACCGCCCGGACCUCGACAUGCGACCAUCGUCCGUGGAGAAGGUCCCCAUCAUCCGGACGUUGAAUAACCUCAGCGAGAAAAUCAUGGCCAAUGUCGCACCGGCGGAUGCUAUACCGCAAGCGGGCGGAGAUACUGAGGAGGACACAUAUAACGAGCUGCAGCUGCGUGAUCUGCGAGGGGAUGAGGAGCAACGUCGCGUUCUGCUCAAUGUCAAGGACCAGAGCCGGUUUUUCUCGUCUCAGUCGAAGACGGAUACAGAUGAAGAGAGUCGACUGUUUGCUCAACAAGAUCCGAAACAGAUUCUAAAUGAUUUGCGUGAUGAUGCUGAGCAGAAUCUGCCAGAGGGCGGGGUAGUGCCUCUUGGACGAUUAGUCGAACCGGAGGAAGAGGAAGAUGACGAUGAGAUGAAGCAGGCGAGCCAGGUGGGCUCCCGGGUCAACUUAAAGCGGGCAUCGAGCCAGAUCCUCGAGGCCAUCCGGGAUCGCCGCGCCCAAACGGAGGUCUCGGCAACCUCGGGUACAUUCGGCCUGUCGAGCGCGCUGUACGACCGACUAACGCUCACGCACGCUACUACUACGGAGUUUUUGCACCAGUUCUGGCAGGCGUUUUUGUCUGGGAACCCGGAUCGCGCGGGCGAAUUGGCGUCGCUGGUGGAGUCCCUUAACCGAGCCAUGGAGCGCAUUAAGGCCGUGCAGCAAGACGCGGAGGCGGAGCGACAGGUGGAGGUGGACCGUUUACGGCGCCACGCACGCGAAGUGCUUGAGGCGACCGGCAAGAAACUACGGAUCAAUCUGGCGAAUGUCGCUGGCGGCGAGCAGGCCGUGACCCGGCUAUUGGGGCCGACGAUCCGCGCUCUGGAAACGGCGCUGACAAAGUAUAAGGAGGCAUUAGCAGAGGAACUGAAGGAGGUGCCUCCAGCAUAACGGGAUCUGUAUGAUAGACUAGACAUAAAAAGCUUGAAUGGUGA